AUCACACUCUGUGUCACACUGUACAUGUGAGAAGAGGACUGAAGACAAGGAUCACCAUCACACACUCAACCUCACUGCAACAUCAUGGAGGACUCAUGGUCAAGGAUAAGGCUCCAGAUCACGUCCAUAUCCACAGCCUUCACCCAUUUACAGGAUUAGUGUGGAGAGAAGUGUACGAGCUGAUCUUCUGGAUAUGCGUAGCAGGCUCUUGGACUUGUACCUGGUCAACGUGUUGACAUGUGGGCUGGAGAUAUGCAUGGCCACUGGCACCAUUUACAUUCCCCCCAUGCUCCUGGAGGCUGGAGUGCAGGAGCGCUUCAUGACCAUGGUGCUUGGUGUGGGUCCUGUGCUGGGUUUGAUAUUCGUUCCUCCACUCGGUUCAGCGAGCGACAGAUGGAGAAGUCGUUAUGGGCGCCGACGUCCCUUCAUCUGGGCCCUGUGUGUCGGCGUGCUGCUCAGCCUUUUAAUCAUUCCUCGUGCUUCUCAAAUCGCCUCUCUGUUCUACGAGCAGCAACACUGCAGGUUGGAAGUUCUGCUGUUGGUGUCGUCCAUCUGUGUGCUGGAGUUCUGCGGUCAGGCCUGCUUUACCCCUCUGGAGGCGCUGGUGUCUGAUCUGUACCCCAGAGAAGAGGAGAGCCGUCAGGCAUUCUCCAUCUACUCCAUCAUGCUCAGCCUGGGAGGAUGCAUCGGGUAUCUUCUUCCAUCCGUGGACUGGACCGGCCUGGGUGCAUCUUCUUACCUGGGAGGCCAGGAGGCCUUCAUCUACGCACUCCUCACUGUGCUGUUCCUCAUAUGCCUCAUGACCACAGCCUUUGUCUCGGAAGAGCAGACGGCCGGGGUGGUCCCGGAGUCAUCCAGGAGAUCUGCGAGCUCGUACAGCGUGUGCUGUUGGCCGUCUGAGUUGUUCUCCAGGGCGCAGAUGUUGAAGCGUGCAGUGGUUAGCCUGUUCACAGUCAUGCCCAGACUCUGGUCAGGGUGCAGCCACGUUCCCCGGGUGAUCGCCAGGCUGUUUGUGGCCGAGCUGUGCAGCUGGAUGGCUCUGAUGACGUUUGUGCUGUUUUAUACAGACUUUGUUGGCGAGGGUUUAUACGAUGGAGUGCCCAGCGCUAAACCAGGCUCUCCUGAAAGACUUCGCUAUGAGGAAGGUGUGCGUGUGGCCAGUCUGGGUCUGUUCCUGCAGUGUGUGACCUCCGUGACCUUCUCUGUACUAAUGGAGCGGAUGGUGGCGCGUGUCGGUGCACGUGUGAUCUACCUGAGCAGCUUGGCCCUGCUGGCACUGAGCACGGCUGUAAUGAGCGUCUCUAAGGACGUCAUCCUGGUGACGGCGAUGGCGGCGGUGACCGGCUUCACCUUCUGCACUCUGCAGAUCCUGCCGUACACACUCACCUGUCUGUACCACUCAGAUAAGCAGGUUUUCCUCUCCAGCAGUAAACCCAAACUCCUCUCCAGCAGGACUGAUUUGAUCAAAUCGACUCAUAAGCAGAUUUCCGCCGUGCAUCGGAACACAAACGGGUAUUUGAAUGGCCGUGCUGUGAUUCCCUCUACCACCAAAGUGGCUCCUUCCUCAUCAAGUAAUUCCUAUGUUUCCCUGGACAUUGACACGUCGCUCGACUCCCACCAGCCUCAUAGAGGAAUGUGUCUGGACUUCGCCAUCCUGGACAGUGCGUAUCUCCUGUCGCAGGUCUUCCCGUCCUUCAUGGGCUCCAUCGUGCAGCUUUUCAGCAGCGUCACCGCCUACAUGGUGUGUGCCUCUGCCCUCAGCCUGCUCGCCAUCGUCUUCUCCAGCAGGAUCGUCUUCACCAGACAGGAAAUGGAGAGCUGAAGUGACACGUGAAUGCCACAAUUAAAUAACAUAUCAAGUGCAUUAUGAUCAGGGAUCAGUCGAGCGGUUUCAUGUUUACAAGGGAUUCAGGAAACUCAAAUGCCGUAACUUAGAUGUGUGUUUGGUGUUUAAAUCUAAAACUUCUGAUCCCAAUUCUGACCCAUGUCCAAUCUCACUUACUCCCAAGACAAAGUCUGUCCAAUCUCACCCACUUUCAAAGGAAUUCUAAACAGUUGUGUCCAAUCCUAAAGGAGUUCUUUCCAAUCUCACCCACUCCCAAAACAAAUUCUGUCCAAUCUUACCCACACCCAAAACACAUUCUGUCCAAUCUCACCCACACACAAAACACAUUCUGUCCAAUCUCACCCACACCCAAAACACAUUCUGUCCAAUCUCACCCACACCCAAAACACAUUCUGUCCAAUCUCAUCCACACCCAAAACACAUUCUGUCCAAUCUCAUCCACACCAAAACUAAUUCUAUCCAAUCUCACCCACACCCAAACCAAAUUCUGUCCAAUCUCACUUACACCCAAAGGAAUUCUAGCCAAUCUCUCCCAUUCUAAAACCAAAUUCUGUCCAAUCUAUUUAAACGUAUUUUAAAGACAUUUCUAAAAGAAUUCUGACCAGUUCUGUCCACUCCCCAAAACAAAACUGUCUAAUUUCAUCCACUUUCCAAGAAAUUCCAAACAAUUGCGUUAGCUCCUAAAUAAAU